AUGUCCCAAGAAAAAUGGAUUGGAUGUAAUCUCACUAUGCAGUCUCCUGGAAAAUCCCUCAAGGAAGCUUUGCUCGCUGCUCAGAGUGAGGAUCGACUCACUGUUGGAGUCUAUGAGAGUGCCAAAAUAAUGACUGAUGAUCCAGACAGCGUGUCCUUCUGCGUACUAGCCAUGGAUGACGAUUUUGAGUAUGAUAUCGCUCUACAGAUCCACUUCACCCUCAUCCAGUCUUUCUGCUUCGACAACGACAUCAGCAUCGUAAGAGUGAGUGACAUGCAGCGCCUGGCUGAGUUUGUUGCUGACAAGUCGAAGCCGCUCGAAGACGCUCACUGUGUCCUCAUCACGAACCCAGCUGAAGGGGCUUGGGAGGACCCCUCUUUGGAGAAACUGCACCUGUUCUGUGAGGAGAGUCGUCUUCUGAACGACUGGGUUCCCGAGAUCAGCCUCCCUGGACGCUGA